CGGGACAUCUACCGAUUGUUGAUAUUAGCAAGAGGAGCUCUCCAGCUGAGGUACCCUUCAAGCUCUAUCUUUCAGCCGGAGAUCUUAGCAUCAAGUACAGCCCUCGAGGAAGAUGUGCAUCAACUGUCUUUGUCCAGCAACAAAGCAUUGCAGCCAUAAAGCUAAUAUAUAAUGCAUCUAUGUUUUGCUCCUUCAGAGCGUCCCCUUCCCCCCCUUCUGUCCAACGGAACAGUCCUAGAAGCGCCCACCUAGAACCUUUCCAAGACACCGACACCAAAAAAACAACAAAGCCUCCUACAAGUUCCGCUUCAUCAGAAGCUCGAGCUCUUUCAAGAUGACGUGGUUGAACUGCUUCUGGCACGAAGGGAGUACGGAGUCGGAGUCAUGUGGAAUGUGCAGGGCGGCCCUAGGCGCACGCCGAGGGCUCGCGAGUCAUGGAUUUCCGCCCGUGCUGGACGGCCAGUGUCGCUGCUGUGGACCGAAUGGCUUCAUGCAACCGCCGUGCCAGAACCUCGAAUGCCACCGCAAUCGAAGACUUCGCGUCCUGCGCCAGCAGGCACGCGAUCCUGACCGGCACGAUCCUCCUCCUCCCCCUGACCCCAGUUCUCCUGGUAAGAUUGACCGCCCCCGCAUCAUCUAUUGCAUCAUGACGCAGGAACAGGAAGCUCGCCUAGACGAAUACGAACGCUCGCUUCCCGGGCAGCGCCUGGAUUUGGGGGUGCCCAUGCCCAUUCCAAGCACAGACUCCGAUACCGAGGGCCUUGCUCGUGACCGCUGGCUGGCUUGGAGUUUUAGGCAGUAUAAUCGACAGAUGCUCGAGUGGGAAGUUUUUCAAGAGCUCCAGAAGAUUGAUAGACAAGAGCUUCUACACCGACAGUACCUGCGCGAGCUGAAUAUCAUGAAUGGUAUGCAAACUCUGGAAGCUGAGGCUCCGAGUAUCAGCAGCUGCACCAACGGUGACACCGGCCCAAGAGACCGAGCGGUGGAGCGGUUGCAGGCAGCUCGGUGGGCAGAGGCAGACCCAGCUCCAGUGGUAUCGACAGUGGACAUCAUACGGUUCCUGUUCAAAUCUUCCAUUCCCGAGUCCUACCUGUGUUUAGUCGAGGAAUAUGGAGAUCGCGAGGUAGCCCCGAGCUCAGCGAGUGCAAUCCAGGAGCUGCUAAUUCGGAAGGAUGCCGGAAGGCCGCUGAACUGGGACGUUCGCCGUGAAACACCGGUGCGGGUCGACCGCCCUGGCCCAUGUAAUUGCAACUGGAAUCCGCGACGCCGGCCUACAUCAACGCACCCUCCAACACCAAGCAGCUUUGCUGUCACAACCCGGCCCGGUUCCGCUUCCUAUCGAUGGGAGCCAUAUCCCCGUAACCGGCCUGACACACGCGACUCCAGAGUGGUUAUUCCAACUUGCCCUUGCUGCGGGGUAUGGGCGACGGACAUGCCAUGGCCCACGUUUCAAGGCGCAACUUUGGACAACAAUCUGCUAUACCACGACACUGCCACUCCACCCGAGGUUCCGGUAUCCGACAUAACCCGUCUCCUUGUGCAGGAUCUCAACCUUCCCAUGGUCGAAUAUGUCAGCAUGGAUCUGGAAGGGGACGUUAUCGACGAGACGUUCGAAGCUGCAAGUGAGUAUGGUGAGAACCACGAAGAAAACGAUAUGUGGUAAGGAAAACGGAAAAACAACGAAAAAAAGGCAAGAAAAGAAAUUCUCCUCGGAGAAAGACAAUAAGAAGAACCAUCCAUAGAAUUUUUCUUCCCUCCCACCUAUAAAGUUGACAAAUCACAAAGCGCAUAGGUAACUCCCGCCCAAUAACACGAUCUGAACAAAGAUCACGAAGAAUCCGAUUGGAAUACAGUGCCCUAUGCCAGCCACGAAGUAAUAUUAAAGCUCCCUCCUGAGUCAUAUGCAGCAUGUUGCGUUGGAAAACCAAAAAGGAAAUUAGCCUUACCUAAAUCCGACUCACGAACUCAACCCCGUGGAAAUACUAUGAAG